CAAUGAUGAAAAUCUGUGCAUUCAGUAAUCCCGUAAAUCCUAAUUCGUGAAGAUGUAUUAUUUAACGUUAACUAUUUUCAUAGUGUCGUCCAUUCUUUCCGGAAGUCUCGGAAAAGAAGGUUUCGGUCCAGGGGAACAAGAUUGGGGACAUGUCACGGUUAGACAAUAUUCACAUAUGUUUUGGUGGCUUUAUUAUACCACAGCAAAUGUUCAAUCGUAUUAUGAAAGACCAUUAUUGAUUUGGUUACAAGGUGGUCCUGGUGGAUCCUCGACGUCUUAUGGAAAUUUCGAGGAAAUCGGCCCACUUGAUACAAAUUUAAAAGCUAGAAAUUAUACGUGGGUUAAAGAUUACAAUGUAUUGUUCAUCGAUAAUCCAGUUGGUACUGGCUUCAGUUAUGUCGAAAAUGUAACGGCAUAUGCCAAAACGAACAAACAAAUUGCACUUGAUCUCGUUGAAUGUAUGAGAGGUUUUUUAAAGGAAUUACCUGAAUUUUCCAAUGUACCAACAUAUAUCUUAACGGAAUCAUAUGGCGGAAAAAUGGGUGCUGAAUUUGCUCUUGUUUGGUACAAGGCAGAAAAAGCAGGUAAUAUUAAAAGUAAUCUGAAAGGGGUUGGUCUUGGCGACGCCUGGAUAUCUCCUAUUGAUUCUGUCAUGACUUGGGCACCAUUUUUAUUUAACGCGGGUAUGAUCGAUUCGAACGGUUACGAUAAUAUUGAUAAAUCAGCUAAGGCAACGAGAGAUGCCGUUAAUAACGGCAAAUGGUUAAAAGCAACAUCUUUAUGGGGUAAUACGGAAAAUGUAAUUCUAAAAGCUACGGAUAAUAUCGAUUUCUAUAACAUUCUAACAAAAUUGUCACCCUCCUUCAUACGUUCUCAAAAUCACGGAGAAAAAUCAUCAAUCCAUAUUGACAGAGACGCAAUAUAUCAAGGUUUGUCCUAUCGAGAUAGUGGAAGUUUAGAACAAUUGAUGAAUGGACCUGUAAGAAAGGCACUUGGUAUUAAAAAUUAUCAUAAUGAACAAUCCAACAACGUGUUCUAUAUGUUGCGUCAGGAUUUCAUGAAACCAGUGGUCGAUAAAGUGGAACUUUUAUUGAACGAAACUGAUCUCAAUGUAUUCGUCUAUACUGGACACAUGGACCUUAUCGUUGAUACGCCAGGCACGAUACUUUGGGUUGACACAUUGAAAUGGAAAAAUUCUAAUUAUUGGAUUAACUCCGAGAGACGUUCAUUGGUCUUCGAUAACAUUAUCGAAGGUUAUUCUAAAAGAUACAAUAAUUUUGGCGUUUAUUGGGUCAACAGGGCAGGACACAUGGUACCAAAAGACAAUCCAGCAGCCAUGGGAGUGAUAUUAAAAGAUUUGUUAGAUAAUGCAUGAUAUCAAUAAUUUUUGUUUAAUAUCAUGAAUGAUCUCAUUAUGUCAAACCAAUAAAAAUAUUUUUUGAAGAGUA